UGUGGCUAAGAGCGGGGCACAGCGCCUGCCGUCUUCAUCCCUGCACCGCAAGCGGCAUUCUCCCUCUGCCAGUGAUGAGGACUCUUAAAGAGGACAAAGAAGGAAGAAAGAAGGCCUGAACAAUGAAUAGUGAAAAAGCUCUCUGAGGAAUGAGGAUACCAGGAUUUUCUGCAUUGAUUUGAGUCCCACUGCUUCUCUCAGACAUGUUUCAUUUGCCUGCUCUUUUCUUCCAUGUCAAUCCAGUACUUUUCUGUGCUGGGAGAAGAUAUCAAAGUUAAUGUCAAUGCCGGCAGUUACAAUGUAACAGAUGAAACAAAAUGUACAACAAAAAAAAACUUCCAACCCAGAGGUUGAUAAACAAUGAAUCUUUGGGAAGAUUCAGCAGCCAUCCGCCACCUGCAAAGAUCAACUGGAGUGCCAGGGUUGAAAGGAAGGGGACUCACACAAUAGAUGCCCCCCUACAACCCUCUCUUUUAUCCUCACCAUCCAACACACAUGGGCACACUGCCAACUCGGAAUCUUAAGAACUCUCAUUCAAAGAACCCCCCUUAAGAAGGGGAUUUGUUAAAAGCCAGGACCCAUUCUCUCUCCCAGUCCUUGUAUUUGUCCCCUUUAAUAUCCCCAUGAGACGAGCAAUUUUUGCUUGAUUAUUCUCCGACACUGCAACUGGGAUUUCUAAAAUUGCCACUCCAGCAGCGUUUUGUCAGAUUUAUGAAUUUUAUCAGUGAAGGGAUGCCAUUCUCGCUCCAGCGUGGACACAGCCAGAGGAGGAGGAAAUGGAGUCAGAAGAGCUGCACAGAAGACAUCGCACUAAUGGAAGAAUAAAAUAAGGAAGAUCCAGAGAUGACUGACCCUUGUUGGUUUACGGAAGAUGAACUUAAGGCCACACUGCUCAAAUAUGGAGUCAAAGCUGGAGCCAUUACACAGAUGUGGAUUCUGUAUGAUAAAAUGGAUGACAAAACGGUGUCCUCAAACAAGGAUGUGUUUACCUCCUAUUCUGUUGGUCUUCCUUGUUCUGAAGAGAAGGAAUAUCAGCAUGGUAAUGAACAGCGGGUUUGGAGAGCUCCGGGGCGCUAUGAACUCAAUCCCAAGAGGAAUGCAGGGAAUCAUGGGAAUGUGGCUGAGUCUUCCACAACAGCAGAGGGGGGGCACCCGGGGCAUUUGCCCCCAUCGCCUGUUACACCUGGGCAUGGAGCUGGGCUGAGCAGAACAUUCUCUCUGCUAGGACAUACCAUCUUGAAACGGCAUAUUAUGCACUCUUCUCACACUCCAAAGCUGGUGCAGCCUCCGUCUGUAUCUCUGGGAGGCGGUCGUGAUGAUUCCUCCUAUUCCUCUUCUCAGAGCUUCAGCAUUACUGAGAUGAUUGAGAGUCAAAGCCCUCUCUCCAGUAGUAGAACACAGAAGGACAAUGGGAGUAAUAUUCUGGGACCUUGGCCAAGGGCUCACCGGGAGCCGGUCACAGAUGUCCUGAUGGAGAUGUUCCUAGAGACAGAACCUAUACGCACUGGCAUUGUUGCCACCCGUCGGAGGCCUAUCAAGGGUGCAGCAGUGCGACCAGUCCAGUUUAAAUACCCAGACCUGCCUGCCAGUCCCAUGACCCUACAGAGACAGGCAUUGGAGCGCCGCCUGGUGCCUCUGUGGGCCCAGAUCCUGGUCUUCCUCAUCUUGACUUGCCUUCUCUACCUCAUCUACUCUGCCAUGGAGCACAGCUCGGACCAUCCCUUUGUGGCCUUCCUGGACAACCUCAGUAUGGGGACGGAGACUGAGGGACUGUCGCUCCAGGAUGACCCUUAGGACUCAUCUGUACACCCGCUCUAGGGAGGAGUAACUCCGCUGCUCUAGGUCUGUGUACUGAUUCUCCACCCUUCUCUUAAAGGGAGACAUCCUUUUAUGCAUGGAUUUAAUAAUGGAUAAAACUUAAUCCAGCCAAUGCUUAUACCAAUCCUAAACUUUCAAAUCCAUGAUGAGAAGUAGUGCACACUUCGGGAAAAGGAAGGAUACUCCACAAAUUGGUUUACAGUUGUUGUGAGGAACUUCAUUUGGUCACUGUAAUUCGCCUUUACACUUUGGAUGAUGUCACUCUUAACCAAGCAAGGUAGCCAUUAUAACCUUGUUGGUUGGAAAAUGUUCAGGUGAAACUACUGUUCAAAUAUAUACAGUGAUUAGGCCUAAUUUAGAGAAAUAAUACCAUUUUGAGAUUUGUAACUUAAAUGGAAGAUUUUUUGUAUUUAAUUAAAAGUAUGUAUCAAUGAGAAAUUAAUGGAGUUACAGCUACAAUUUCCACAUAGGUUCGGUUGGGGUUAUCAAAGUCCAGUCUGUGUUAGAGCUCAUCAAAGAUGUGGUCAGGGACAGUAUUCUCUUGUUUUAAAGGUUUGUAAAUGUAUUUUUUAUUCAGUACAGUUUUUAGGCACUGAAAUGUCAAACUAAAAAGCAAUAUUAAAAAAUAUAUUUUGUGAAUACUCA